CGCUCGAACGUGCCCUCUUGGGGACAGGGCAGCACAAGUUAACAAUGCAGUGUGUGCAUGCUCGGUUGCUCGUUUGUUGACUGAGUGACAUGACAAAAGAUGCAUUACCUCUCCCUGCUGUGGAGUUUGUGUAAUGAGUGAUCUGAUUGAAUAGCGGGUGUACAGGAAACGAGUAGUAGCAUAGAUUAUAUAUUUGGGGAAGCUCUAAUGAUAGCUAAACAGUAAACAUUUAGCCAAUCAUAGCUAGCUAUUUAGCUAUGACCAUUUAAUAUAUUUGCUGAGUGUUAUGCUUGUGGUUGAAUGCAAUCUCUGUGUAUAUGCAUUUAGUCUUCUGUUACACAGCUGUCAAUUGAAAACGUAUGCACUGGUUGCCAAGUCGUUUGGGCUGUCUUCUCAGUCAGUGGCUUUUUUGCUACCUCAAGUCUACACUACAUGUAUGUCAAGUUUGUAUUUGUAGCUAAUGACAGUUUAUACAUUUCUUUCAGACAUUGAUUCUUCAGCCAGAUUACAAAAAUGGUCUGGUUGCCAGAUCGAAAUGUUAUAUAAAGAUGGGAGAUUCUGAUAAUGCAUUGAGGGACGCAGAGGCCUCUCUCUAUGAGGACAAAUAAUGCUUAAAGGGUUUGUAUCAGAAAGCGGAAGCUUUAUACACCAUGGGAAACUUUGAGUUUGCCCUGGUGUUUUACCACAGGGGGCACAAACGGUGGCCAGAGCUGCAGGAAUUUAGACUGGGAAUCCAGAAGGCCCAAGAGGCUAUCGACAACUCUGUGGGCUACCCCUCAUCUGUGAACCUGGAGAACAAGGGCGACCUGUCCUUCUUCCACAAGGCCGAUGAGGGGAAGAAGGGACGGCCGAAGGGGCUGAUUCACCCUCUGAGAAGGGAGAUGAGGCAUCAGAACAAGAAGAUGCCUAAGAGUGAGAAGACAGCCAAGCAGCUUCUGGGAGAGCUCUACAGCGAUAAGGAGAAGCUACUGAAAGAUGAAGGUAGGGCAGCCAGAAAUCUUUUACUUAGCCUGUUCCUGUACGUUCACUCUUUUGUCUUAGUUUCAGUACACAAUCAAUACACUGUCACACUUGGGAAGAUGCUCUUUUAUCACGUACCCUAUCUGGAGAAUUGGCCUCUCCGUGUCCUUUGAUUCCCUUUACACAUUCAUUAUUAUCAGCAUGAGUUACAGAGCCCAGUGUGUGGUAAAGGGCAAAUAUUCCACUCAAGUCAUAAAUGUCCUCCAAACUUGGUGAAAGGUAAGAUGCGGGGAGGGGGGAGACUGCAGAACCUAUCUGGACACACACACUGAUUUCUGGCGCCAGCAGAAGCCCAUCUAUGCGCGGGAGAGAGACCGCAAGCUCAUGCAGCAGAAGUGGAACAAGACCCGGCAGAACCCUCCCUCUGAUCCCACCCGUUUUGUACUCAAGAGCCCGGAAGAGAUUGAUGCUGAUAAGACAGAACAGACCCAAGGAUGAAUAUGGUAGUUUAAUGCUUAUCAAUACAUCCUGGUCAACGGUAAGCAUGUAUUGGGGGCAUGAUCUUUGGUACAUCUUUCUCACUCAUCAUUAUUCACGAUUCAUUCAUGAUUAUCCUUAAUCAUGGUAGCAUUCAUAUUAAUGUAGAAGUGUUCA